ACGCCGUUGGGGAGAGCGGCACAAAAAGGACACGAGACGGUAGUUAGAUUGCUGCUUGCCAAAGAGAGCAUAGAAGUCAAUAUUGCAGACGAUUAUGGCCGCACACCGUUACUCUUGGCUGCUAGAAAUGGGCAUACUGCAGUAGUUAAGCUUCUAUGCGGCAAAAGCGGCGCCGGCGUCAAUAUCGUGGAUAAAAAUGGGAAAUCCCCAUUACUAUGGGCUGCUAUAAACGGUCAUACAGACGUGAUAAGGCUGUUACUCACCGCCACCGAUGCCGAUGUCAAUGCCAAGGAUCACAACAACCAGUCACCACUAUUACAUUCAGUCAUGGGAGGGCAUAAUGCCAUAGUUGAAGAGUUGCUU